AUGGCUUUACGUUGGAAACGCGAUAAACGCUUUGAAGUACUCACUAAGGAAAUGUUCGGGAUUGAUGCUCGUUACUUUGACAAGACAGUGGAGCCUUUAAACAACGAAGUAUUUGAUUGGCUUUAUUAUGCAAAAUUUGCAACUGCUUUUUCACAAGCAGUCAUUGUAUUCACCGGUUCAAUUCUGAUGUCAAAUCAAUACAAUUUAAAAAUAUUUUUCUUAUCACUUUAUGUAUCAAAUACGCAAUAUGUUUUGCAUGGUGUGAUGUUUCAUUACUUCAGUGUCUUGUGGCAUGGAUGCAGACGUUACAAUGUACUCAAUGCACAACUGGUCAAACAAUUCCACAUAUUGAAUCGUCUGUACUUACAAGGAAGAAAUGUGCUCAAUAAGCAAAGUUUCACACUGCAGCAAUUGAGCCGAUUGGCUGCUGCCGAUUUGUAUGAAAUCUCAAGAAUUCACUGCCGAUUGACUACUAUCAUAAAAAGUGUAAACGAUAGUUAUAAAUACCAGACUAUAGCUGUACUAUUGACCUAUCUUGUUAAUGAUAUCACUGUGGGCUAUUAUGUUGUAAUAUAUGCUGAUGGAUCACUGAAUAUCACGAUAAGUAAGUGGGGCAUGGUAGCGGGUAUUAUGUCGUAUGCGGUGCUCUUCAUUGAUUUAUAUCUUUUUUAUUGGAUAUGUGAUAAAAUCACUCGAGCUUAUCAGGAGACAUCUGAAAUUUUGAGAGAACUUCAUGCAUUGCCGAAAAUGGACGACGAAUUCAUGCGUCAUUGCGAAAUAUUCUCUCUACAAUUAAUGCAACAUAAAUUACUGAUCAGUAUGGGUGGCAUGUUUAAUUUGAGCAAGCAGGCUUCAUUGGCUUUAUGGUCCUUCAGUCUCAGACAUACGCUGAUAUUAGUGCAGUUUGACUACGAAAACCGUUUCCGGAUUCUUAAAGCCAGUGUCGCGAUGGAGUUGGAUGAAUAUGGUGACAUGAUUUUGUAA